AAGAACCUGUGAUCUGCGUUUGAGGACUUCUCUUUGGCCAACAUGUCUUCGAAAUGCCAAGAUAACAACGACAACUUUGAAGAACAAUCUACAGUGAAGGAGGAGCUGAACAGAAAGAUCAAGGAGCAGAAGGUUGUGGUGGACGAGCUUUCAAAUCUGAGGAAAAACAGAAAAGUCUACAUCCAGCAGAGGAACAGCAACAUAUUCUUCCUAGCAGACAGAGGUCAGACACUGAGCUCAAGCAAACAGGAACUGGACUACAUGAAGAAGGAGCUACAGGAUAUGUGAGACUUCACGGCUCGGCUUGUCUCCGCAAUAAUGUGCGGCAUAUUUUGUCUGCUAAGUGUUUCCCCCGCUCAG